AUGUGGAUUCUCUAUCUUUCGGAUCUUUUCAAUAUACAGUUGUAUACUAUUUCACUUGGUUUGGAUCAAUUAAACAGUGGAGAUAUUCAAGAGAUUGCAGAUUUAUACACACCGAGGAAUGAGAAAGAGACUGGAAUCGAACGGAUGAUGUUGUUCAAAUAUAAUAAAAAGUUUCAAGCUGAAAAAAAAUUGAUUCAUUCGGCGUUACGACGUAUCAAUGUGACACACGAAUUGGAAAUUUAUCUAAAUCCGAGCAGUAAAUUUCGAUUUGAUUUCAAAAAUCGGCAAAGUAAACCAAUGGUGUUGCAUUUGGAGUAUUCGAAAGUGAUUGAUAUUAAUCAAGUGAUUGAGAUGGAUUUCCAAUCGAUCCGGUUACUCAGAUCAAAACUCAAAAAUUAUAAUUUUAAAUUAUUAAUUGAAAAAUGGAGAGAUGGAUGGACACCAAAAUGGACUCGUUUGAUGAUUGAGUUCAAUGAAAUGUUGGAUAUUGACUCAUAUAUCGUUGGAGCAGUUACAGAAAUUACAGAUUAUAGAGAUAGAAGUGUCAUCGACAGGAACACUCCGAUUCAUUCAUAUAAAUUUCAAGACAAACAGGAGUAUUCUUUUGGAACAUUGAUUAAAAAUGGAUAUCAUAUCGUUCGAUUCGAUGAAUCGGUGGCCACUGUUACAGUUGAGAAUAAUAGAAUCGGAUGGUUUGAUAUCCAGUCAAACAGUUCGCUGUCUCGAUUCAAGGCACUCGGAUUACAUCCACGAACGUUCUAUGUUUCCAAUGAUAUCUAA